AGUAAAAUGUUAUUCUAUUCUUUAUUCCUUUAGAAAUUGCACUAGUACUAACACUCUAAUUGCUGCAAGGAGGAAACCAUACAUCUCUACGAGCAAGGCGAGGCAAGUAACUGUAAGAAUUGAGUCAGUUCUCCUGUAUACCAUGCAUUGGAAGCAUCAUGCAUUACAUGGAUUGAGUUUAUAAGUUUUGGAAUUCAAUUCUUUGAUUCUUUGCUAAAUUUACACAAGAUGGAAGCACUUGUCAUUUGUAUACUUGAUGGAUUAAGUUUUGUCAUUGCCAUCGUUGCGAUGGACAUGUAAUAUAUGUAUUUGUAAAACUUAGGCGAGAUCACAAACCCAUUAAAUAGACCAAUAUUUGAUUUGAUACCUCAUAGCUGAAUACUUCAUAGAUGCUUGGGGAUUGAAUUAGAAGGCUGCCCUUUUGUUGUUUUCAAGCUUUUCUUUCCCUUCUAGGCAUCAGAAGUCUUGGUUUUCUGAUUGAUGAAGAAGGGAAAGAAAGCAGAAUUGUGAAAGAAAUCGAAAACCUUUAGCCAUUUUAGAUAUUUUGAAAUCCAGAAAUGAGUGCAGUUAAUGGCGUUAUUUCGAGGCAAGUCUUGCCUGUAUGCGGUAGCCUCUGUUACUUUUGCCCAUCUAUGCGUCCGAGGUCCAGACAGCCUGUCAAGAGGUAUAAGAAGCUGAUUGCUGAUAUCUUUCCUCGUUCUCAGGAAGAAGGACCAAAUGAUCGGAAGAUAGGAAAACUAUGUGAAUAUGCUUCCAAAAAUCCCUUGCGCAUUCCUAAGAUUGUUGAUUCUCUUGAGCAAAGGUGUUACAAGGAACUUCGAAAUGAGAAUUUUCAUUCAGCAAAAAUUGUCAUGUGCAUUUACAAGAAAUUGGUGUUCUCCUGUAAGGAUCAAAUGUCACUAUUUGCUAGUAGUUUACUAAGCAUUAUGCAUACUCUGUUGGAUCAAACACGGCAGGAUGAGAUGCGAAUUAUAGGAUGUCAAACACUUUUUGACUUUGUAAAUAAUCAGAAGGAUGGAACUUACAUUUUUAACUUAGAAGGAUAUAUUCCAAAACUCUGUCAGUUAGCUCAAGAACUUGGGGAAGAUGAGAGGGCACUUAAUCUGCGUGCGGCUGGGCUUCAGGCUCUUUCUUCAGUGAUUUACUUUAUGGGAGAACACUAUCACAUUUCAGUGGAAUUUGAUAAUGUUGUUUCAGUAGUCUUGGAAAAUUAUGAAGGGCCAAAUAAAAAUUCAGAGAACCCUGAUGGUCAAAAGUGGGUGGAAGAAGUGCUCAAAAAUGAGGGUCAUGUCCCCUUGCCAGAUGCACUCACAAAGUUUCCUUCUUGGAGCACAAUUGUGAACAAUAAAGGCGAACUAACUGUGGCAGAUGAAGAUGCAAAGAAUCCAGGCUUCUGGUCCAGAGUUUGCUUGCAUAACAUGGCGAAGCUGGCAAAGGAGGCUACAACAAUGCGACGUGUUCUUGAAUCUCUGUUCCGUUACUUUGAUAAUGGGGACUUAUGGUCCCUUCAAAAUGGUCUUGCCUUCCCCAUCUUAAAGGAUAUGCAGUUUUUAAUGGAUAGUUCUGGACAGAACACACAUUUUUUGCUGUCCAUAUUAGUGAAGCAUCUUGAUCAUAAAAAUGUCCUUAAACAACCUGAUAUGCAGCUUGACAUCAUACAAGUUACUUCCUGCCUUGUUCAAUAUGCAAAAAUUGAGUCUUCUGUUUCAAUACUUGGUGCCAUAAGUGAUAUAAUAAGGCAUUUAAGGAAGAGCAUACAUUGCUCAUUUGAUACAAAUCAUGGAGCUGAUGUAAUAAAAUGGAAUAUAGACUUUAAAGAAGCAGUUGAUAAGUGCCUCGUACGAUUAUCAUAUAAGGUUGGAGAUGCAGGCCCAAUUCUUGAUGUCAUGGCUGGAAUGUUGGAGAACAUCUCAGCUAUUACAGUUACAGCCAGAACUACAAUUUUUGCUGUUUAUCGUGCUGCCCAAAUUGUGGCUGCCCUACCAAAUCCAUCAUAUCAAAACAAGGCAUUUCCUGAGGCUUUAUUUCAUCAGCUACUCCCCGCUAUGGUCCAUCCAGACCAUGAAACUCGAAUUGGAGCCCACCGUAUAUUUUCUGUUGUUCUUGUGCCAUCUUCAGUUUGCCCCCAUCCAUCUUCAGUUAUUCCUGAUUCAAAGAAGGCCAAAGUUCCACGAUCGCUCUCAAGAGCUGUCUCUGUCUUUUCUUCUUCAGCUGCUCUUUUUGAGAAGUUGAGGGAGGAGAGAUCUUCUUCAAGGGAAAAUAUAGUUCAAGAGAACAAAGCAACUUUUGUCAGUGAAGAAGAACUUAAAAACAAUAACAGUGGGUUUCUCAAUAGAUUGAGAUCAUCUUAUAGCCAAGAAUAUAGUGUGGAAAACCUCUCUCCUACAUCUCCCACAGCUGAUGAAAAUUCUACGGGCUGCUCAGAUAAGGAACUUCCUCAAGAGGUGAAAUCUCUACGACUGAGUAGUCACCAGAUUAGCCUAUUGCUGUCAUCCAUUUGGGCACAGUCUAUCUCUCCAGAAAAUACUCCUCAAAACUAUGAAGCAAUUGCUCAUACAUACUGCCUUGUGUUGCUGUUCUCUCGAGCCAAGAACUCUAGUCAUGAGGUUCUAGCUCGAAGUUUCCAGCUAGCAUUUUCCUUGAGAAACAUCUCUCUUAGUGAAGGAGGACAACUACCACCAUCACGUCGUAGAUCUCUUUUUACUUUGGCAACUUCAAUGCUUCUCUUUUCUUCAAAAGCUUACAACAUUCUUCCUCUUGUCUAUCACAUCAAGGCAAUCCUUAUGGAAGAGAUGGUGGAUCCGUUUUUAUGCUUGGUGGAGGAUCACAAGUUAACAGCUGCUAAUGGUGGCCCUCUCCAGCAAACCAUUGUUUACGGGUCAAAAGAAGAUGAUAAUUUGGCUCUGAAGACUCUCUCACAAAUACAGAUCACACAGGACCAAAGCAGGGAAUCACUUGCUUCUGAGAUCUUGACAAGCUUGGGAAAUUUGUCAGAACAUGAAUUAUCCAAUGUAAGGAGGCAGCUGCUCAAUGAAUUUGUACCUGAUGAUGUGUGUCCUCUGGGAGCCCAGAUGUUUAUGGAGGCGGCACAUCAGAACUAUUUGAUUGAUUCAGAAAAUAAUAAAUUUGAGAGUGGUUCCAUUGUCUCAGUUGAGGAUGAUCCUUUGUCAGAAUCAUUUGAAAGUCAACCCAAACAUAACAAAGCAUUGACCCUUGUGACUCCAAACCUUUUGAGUGCUAAUCAACUUCUAGAAUCGGUCUUGGAGACAGCACAACAGUUUGGAAGAAUUUCUGUAUCUACUGGAGCGAACAUGCCCUACAAGGAAAUAGCAAGCCACUGUGAGGCACUUUUAAUGGGAAAGCAGCAAAAGAUGUCUCAUUUGAUGAAUGCCCAUCUGCAACAAGAAAGUCUGUUUAAGGUGUAUGUUUAUACUCCCGAAGAGUCAGAGAAGGCUGGCAAGACGUCUCUUGACCAAAAUGUCACUACCAUUUCAAUCAAACCAUUUAGAAAUCUUUCAAUGCUAUGUGUGACUGAGUAUCAACCUCCUCCCCAGUUGUCCCAAUUACCAGCAUCAAGUCCAUACGACAAAUUCCUAAAAGCUGCUGGAUGUUGAUUCUUCAGAAAUUGCGCUAGUACUAACACUCUAGUUGCUGCAAGGAGGAAACCAUACAUAUCUACGAGCAAGUUGAGGCAAGUAACUGUAAGAACUGAGUCAAUUCUCCUGUGUACCAUGUAUUGGAAGCAUCAUGCAUUACAUGGAUUGAGUUUAUAAGUUUUGGAAUUCAAUUCUUUGAUUCUUUGCUAAAUUUACGCAAGAUGGAAAGCACUUGUCAUUUGUAUACUUGAAGGAUUGAAGUUUUGUCAUUGCCAUCAUUGUGAUGGACAUGUAAUAUAUGUAUUUGUAAAACUUAGGCGAGAUCACAAACCCAUUAAACAGACCAAUAUUUGAUUUGAUACCUCAUAGCUGAAUACUUCAUCCCUGUACGUAACAAUUGAACAAGGUAAAUGGUUUGUCAUUAGAUGAAUUAAUUGUACAUGAAAUG